AACCACCGCGAGUGGGUAGCAACAGUUGCCCGGGUGAGGAAGAAGCGCCAUAGCCACGGUAGUCGUGGUGACAAGAACCCAGCAACGAGAAUCAACAACAACAACCCGAUUCAUUGAAUAAAACGUAUUAAAUCAAAAGUACCGCUGGAAAAGUCACUCGGCAUAAGAGUACAAUGGCAACUCCAGUGUAUGUGAGGGAGCUGCAGCAGACCUCCCAGCCCCAAACCGGUGCUUUGACAACAUCAGGGCAGUCUGCCACGGUGACUGCGACCCCGCAACAGUUCCUGGCUGAACUUCACACGACUGUCCCUUCAGCUGCCCCGCCAGCCGGCCAAACCUCACCUCCUCCCGCACAAGCCCAGAAGAGCCAGGCCAUAGUCCAGACCCCGCCCACCCAAGCUCCGCCCACUCAGACUCAGUAUGUCACGGCCGAGAUUCAGAGCUCACCUACACAGUCAAGCAAUGCUCAGAAUACACCACAGUACAUUGUUGUCACGGUCACAGAGGGAUCUCUACAUUCCAGUGACUCUGUAUCUGACUCCAGUCCUCCAUCGGCUGUCGUACAGACUGGUGUUCCCACCCAGGUGGUUCAGCAGGUACAGACGGCCCAACAGAGGUCAGUGGUUCAGGCCACAGCCCAGCCAACAAAAACCGAGCCGGGCACGCAGCUGAAUGUCACCAGCCUACAAUCCGUGCACCUGACACAGGAGAACCCUUUUCUCAGACAGACAGGAGGUGAUGCAGGGAGAGAGAGAGAAUUAAAGCAACAGAGACAGAUAGAGGAGUGGUUGGAGCAUAGGGCAGCAGAAGCACUGCUAGAGACACGCAGUUUAGUUUACGGCUCAGUUAACAGAGGAUUGCUGGAUUACGCAUCCUCACCAUCAUGUUUUCCCCCGUCCCUACCGUUCGUCUGUUCACCCGUGAGAUUUCCCCUGCCCGUCAUGUCACUGGGCUGGGAAACAGAUGGCUUUACCUACACUGCUAUACCUGUGGCAGAAGCACAGUCCUUCCUCUAUGAGAUGUCAACUGCCCAUAGUGUACAGCAGCAACUACAGCAGGUGCCAGUUCAACACGUGUAUACUAACCAGGUGCAGUAUGUGGAAGGAGGAGACAACAACUACACAACCAGCACAAUUCGCUCCAGCAGUUUUCCUUACACGGAGACCCCUCUGUACACUCAGACCACUGCCGGACAGUACUACGAGACCACUCCCGCCUCAGCCUCUGAGGCCACGUCGCCCGGCACCCCUCUCACCGUCUCCGUAACCACAGGAUCCCCGGGAUUGUCCAUGUUCGUGACGGAGGCAGGCCAGAUCGUGGCCAAUCCCACGGCCACCGCAGGAGGGGGGGUGACGGCCGUAGUGGCGACUUCUGGGCCGGCGUCCAACGGCUCAGGAGACUCCGGGAGCGAAGCUAACGGCAGUGGGCCGAGUUAUGUGAUUCAGGGAGGCUACAUGCUCGCCGGCGGAGGGAGCGGCAGCAGCGGAAACGGUUACACGCACCCCACCCGCGCCUCUCCGACCACCGUGAGUAUAAACGAAGGCGAGGAGAAUAGCGUGCCGUCGGCAGACAAAAAGCUGUCCUCUGGCCCUCAGGUGCAGUGGUUACUGGAUAACUAUGAGACAGCAGAAGGGGUGAGUUUGCCCCGAUCCACACUCUACUGCCACUACCUGUUACACUGCCAGGAGCAAAAGCUGGAACCUGUCAACGCGGCUUCCUUCGGGAAACUCAUACGCUCGGUGUUUAUGGGGCUGAGGACCAGGCGCCUGGGCACACGAGGGAAUUCUAAAUAUCACUACUAUGGUCUGCGGAUCAAAGCGAGCUCGUCCCUGAUCCGACUGAUGGAAGACCAGCAACACCUGGCCAUGAGACAGCAGCCCUUCUCUCAGAAACAGAGGUUGAAGCCGGUCCAGAAGGUGGAGGGAAUCACAAACGGGAUGUCUUCCGGAUCCGGGCAGCAGCAACAACAGCAGAGUUCCGGUCUGUCUGACAUCAGCACUCAGGUGCAGCAGUACCAACAGUUUCUAGAUGCAUCUCGAGCUCUCCCAGAGUUCCCUGACGUCGACCUCCAGGGUAAACCAUUACCAGAGGGGAUUGAGCUUGAACAUCUCAAGGGCUUUCAGCUGCUCUACAGAGAACACUGCGAGGCCAUUCUGGAUGUGAUGGUCAACCUGCAGUUUCCUCUAGUGGAGACGCUGUGGAAAACAUUUUGGAGGUUCAGCGAAAAUCAGGCAGGAGACGCAGCGUUAGCUGUGCACGAUGAAUCGGAGAAGCGACUGCCCAAGUCAUGUCUCGUUCUGCUCUGUAAAUAUGACCCAGUGUUGCGCUGGAGCCGCGACUGUGACAACACGCUGUACCAGGGCCUGGUGGAGAUGCUCAUCCCUGACGUUCUGAGACCCAUUCCCAGUGCCUUAACGCAAGCCAUCCGAAACUUCGCCAAGAGCCUUGAGAGUUGGCUGACUAAUGCCAUGAUGAACAUUCCUGAGGAGAUGGUUCGCGUCAAGGUGACGUCUGCGAGCGCGUUUGCGCAGACCCUGCGCAGGUACACCUCUCUCAAUCACCUGGCCCAGGCAGCACGGGCCGUACUGCAAAACACGGCACAAAUCAGCCAGAUGCUCAGCGACCUCAACCGAGUCGACUUCGCUAACGUGCAGGAACAGGCCUCUUGGGUAUGCCGAUGUGAGGACCGGGUCGUCCAGCGAUUGGAGCAGGACUUUAAACUGACCCUCCAGCAGCAGAACUCUCUUGAACAGUGGGCGGCCUGGCUGGAUGGCGUGGUCUCACAGGUUUUAAAGCCAUAUCAGUCGAGCACGGCCUUCCCUAAAGCAGCUAAACUCUUUCUGCUCAAAUGGAGCUUUUACAGCUCUAUGGUGAUCAGAGAUCUGACCCUCCGCAGCGCAGCCAGCUUCGGCUCAUUUCAUCUUAUCCGUCUGCUCUAUGAUGAAUACAUGUAUUAUCUGAUAGAGCACAGAGUUGCUCAAGCCAAAGGAGAAACACCUAUUGCUGUCAUGGGAGAGUUUGCAAGUCUUGGCCGAAGUUUAAACCCACUGGAUCCUGAUAAAGAUGACGAAGAGGAGGAGGAGGAAGAGAGCGAGGACGAGUGCCAGGAGUUGUCUUUGCAGUCGGAUGGCGGCACCAUCGGCGACGAAUCUCUGGAACCGCCUGCCAAACUGGCUCGAACCGACCAGAGGAUCCUGUUCAGCACAGGCAGCAUGGACAACUGAAAACUUACAAUACACACAUGCAUAUAAACGCGGAUAGAGAAAUACAAUGUGCAUACAAUGUGCACACACACACACAUCAUUUGUGCACCUAAACCAACACACACACAUCUGUAAAGUGCUGCAGCCUACACAUUUACACAUCCCUGAACAUUUUCCUGCCUGUGAUUGUCUCGAAUAUAAACACUACGCACUGUAACGCAUACGUGACUCAUAACAUGAACACAGUCACCUCCCAAAGUUUCAUAUCGAGAAACAGGGUUGUGAAACAUUAAGGAUCUCCCGUAACAAGUGUGGGUGAUUAUCAGUCACAAAAAAAAGAGUUUUCGAAUCUAAACUUCAUUUUGUCUGAAUACAAACAAAAACUGCUGCAGACUACCGUUUGUUCGUGAUGGGCCGAGCCCUGGUUGGCUUCUAAAUUCAAAGUUGUCAUUCAAUCUUUAACAGCCUAUAAAAAUGGGACUGCAUCUGUGUAGUGAGAAAAAGAACCACCUAUUAGUGUCUGUUUGUGUGUUGAUGUAUCCUUUCUGCCUUUCAGUGUGCUGUUCGUGUGGUGGUGAGUGAUCCCUAUCGUUUUAAUUGGCUAGGAUGAAAAGUGUGUGGUUUCGUGACUGUGUGUGAAGUUGCACGUGUGAAUGACUGAUUCUCAACAAAUGUUGAUAGUUGUGUUGUCAUAGGUAUUUUGAAAGACAUACAGCCUUUUUUCAGUUCCGAAUGCCUUUGGCGACUGCCAUGUCAUUUGCUGUUUAUAGCAUAUUAUAGCCCAGCUUUUUGGUAAAACUCCCACAAGCCUCUGGGCACGUGCUUUUUUUUAGGGCUAGUCUAUGCAUACCUCUGAAAACAGUUUGUCAUUUAGCACUACCGUGGUUUUUGGCAUUUAUGAAAAAGCGAGAAAGAAGAAAUGAAUUUCUUCUCAUUUCAUUUUUUGAGAUUUAUGUUAUGUGGUUGUGUGACGCUUUCCUGUCCUAUUUUAUUUGUUGCACUUUUUCCUUUUGCCAUAUGUCGUUCUAAACAUACAAGACAUUAAAUGUUUCCAGCCUUAUGUUUUAUGGUCACAAAGUGACAAUCUGUGUGUACAGUGUUGUCUCACACUGUUUAGUGAAUAUGUGAUGGUUUGCUGUGUAUUUGGGAUUUUGGGGAUAAGAUAUUUACUAGAACCCCUUCAAACACACUUAACAUGAGCACUGCCCCUAUGGUGUCCCGUAAGUAGAAAAAUUAAAAGAGGAUUUCUGGAAAAAAUGAUUUGCUCGCCCUUAAUGUUGUUCCAAUCUUUUAUGCAUUUCUGCUUUAAUAGGACAAUUCUUGAACCAUUUUUGUGCUCCAAAGACAAAAUAAACAGCAUACGAGUUUGAAAUGACAUUAGAAUGAGCAAAUAACCAAAUUUAUGUCCUAUAUAGUUAAAUGAAACAUACUUUUAUCAACCUUUGUGUGUUGUAUAUGACCACUGGCCUUGUUCUACCCUGUUUAAAGUACUUGUAUUCCAUCUCAUUCUAUAUAGAUGUAAACUAGGAUUAAUGCUACUGUAUAUUUGACGAAAUAGUAAUCUGUGACGUAGUGCACAAGGUGUUGACUGAUCUCAGACCAGCAUGUUCUUUUUCCUUCGAUUCUCUUGAAAGAACCACAAGAAGGCAUAUCACAAAAUCCUUAGAUCCUCUCUCUUUAUGACAUCCACUUUCAUAACAAAAUGAAUUUCCCCUUUUCACAGUCUAUUCAGAUUCUUGCUCAAGAAGAAAAAAAUGUGUGGCCGUGUUUGAGUAACCAUGGGAAUGGUUGUGCCUUUGAAGUUAUCAAAUGAAAUCCAGAUGUUUUUAAUUUAAAAUAUGAAUAAAUGAAUGAUUUCUAUAAUUGUGAA